AUAAGCAUUAUUUGGAUCCUCAUUGUGUUUAUCUUAACUACAUUUCAACCGGCCGUACUUGGAGAUCAAAAGUAACUGGAUAUUAUUGGCCACGUUUAUUAUGGAGAAACUUCUCUACUUGGUUUAUCUCCGUCAUGCUUGGCCGUUACAAACUCUCUACUGAGGCUGAACAACAAGUUUUACGUACUUCAUCAUCUUCUUUUUGGCAAAAUGAUGGAACACUUUCUGUUCAUGCUCAACGUCCUCCACCUCAUCAACAAGUGUUAAUGAAUAUUGCACUUGAUCAAAAACUUUAUGAUCCCAUAGAUCAUGAACUCACUCCUGGUGUUUGGUAUAAUGUAUAUGUUAAUGAUCCUUCACAAACGGUUUUAUUUAAUGAAUAUGAUAAAGGGUUAGGCUACUCUGAUCCUUCAAGUAAAUCAUAUCUUACCUCCACUACCUCUGAACGUAUUGGUAAAUAUUCAAGCGAUAAAGCCGGACUUGAGUGGAUUCAUAAAAUUGAAACAAUUGAAAUUCUUAAUAGUCCUAGCAAAAUGCUUUAUUGGAUGAAUCAGAUGCAAAGUGGUUUAGAUAAUGGUUCCCCUUUGUCUGAAAGUGGAAACAAGAAAGAAUUCUCGGGUAAUCCAUUAUCUGCUACUUCAUUUAUGCCAGGUCCAAUGUUUAUUAAAGCUAAACGUAGAUUGACUGCUGAUGAUUACAGAGCAUCG